AAAGUUUACUCGUUUUCUUUUCCAUUAAAUUUUUCUCUUUUAAUAUUCAUUGACUUGCUCUCUUUAUAUACCUCUUGUCUUCCUCUUAUUCUUCAUCAUCGGUACUAUCUUUAUUCUCUUAAUUUCAUUUAAAAUUUAACAUGAAUUAUUCGGAUUCAGAUUUAUCCAAGAGUGGAUUACUUAGGAAAGAACUUCAGGGCCCUCGCCCAACGCCUUUGAAGGUCCGUAAAGAUUCGCACAAGAUCAAGAAACCGCCAUUGGCACCGCAACCAUCGCAGCAACAACAAAUACGACCUCCGGUGAUCAUCUACACCGUGUCACCAAAAGUGAUCCACACAAGCCCUAGCGGGUUCAUGAACCUAGUUCAACGCCUUACGGGCACCACAUCAUUAUCCGAUGAUCAAACCGGCACUGCAAUCUCUCCAGCAGCAAGACUCGCCGCAAUAGAGAAGACAAAAUCCCCAGAAGGAAAAAGAAAGCAACAAAUUAACGAAGAAAACUUAGAGCUUGUUCAAGGCAUGGAGAUAGAGAUGAAUCCUGGAGUGGAAAGAGCAAAUCUGUUUCCAGGAAUACUAUCUCCAGAGCCAAGUUCACUGCAUCCAAUAUCACCCAUCUUCUUCUCACCGCCGUCUGAUCCAAACUCCAUCAGUUUCUUCGAUGAUUUGAGUAGGUUCAUGCACAGUCCUUCAAGCUUUAAUAUUCCACCAAACUAUUUAAUACCAUCUCCUACUACUCCAUCCAUAGACCUUUUCAACAAUUUAUUUAACCUCUAGAAAGAUUUUGAAGUUUAAAUUCUUUUAAGUUUGAUUUACAUGAAUUUGUAAACACCAAUGGAGAUGUUUGUGUGUGGAUUGCUAUUUGCUGCAACUUGAGCUGAUGAUGGUGGUGGAGUAUUAAAGUGGAAAUUUGUUUAAUGUGUUGGUAGGUUAGCAAGUUGUAUACUACUAAAAUGGCCUUUUUC